AUGGCCGACGUCCUUGCGACCACCGCCUCGCCUGCGAAAGCUGCUCAGCUCGGACUCCUCAAGUACGCCAUCGCCAACGUGGUCGCGCCAGUGCUCGUCGCGACGUUCCUCGGCUGCAUCCUCUUUGGCGUCCUGUUCUACAUGGUCGGGUCGUACUUCUCGCGCUUCAGCUCGACCGACCGCCUCGCGUUCAAGCUCCUCGUCGGCGUCCUCACCUUCACGACGCUACUCGACACGGUGAACCAGUGUGUGUGGGCCUGGCGGUACACGGUCGAGGCGGCGCUCGACCCUUUCGUCCUUGCCAAGUUUCCUCGGUCGCUGCACGUCUUUGCGAUCCUCACUGGCAUCAACGUCCUUCUGGCUCACGCUUUCUUCACGUGGCGCCUGUGGGUCGUGAGCAAUAGGGAGAACUGGUGGCUCCCGAGCGGCAUGCUGCUCCUCGAGCUCACGGCGGCGGUCUUCAGCUCCUGGCUCCUCUACACCUGGCUGUCGGCCGGCGUGCUCGGCGCCAUCGCCUACUACGUCAUCAUCCGCUCUCAACGAGAGCUGGGCCCGGCGACGAGCGCCAAGCUCUCUCGCUCGUGCGAACCCGCUCGGCCGCAUCGUCAUCAAGUCAAGACCAUGCAGACGAACGCGGCGUCGCUCGUCGUGCAGGUCAUCACGCUCAUCCUCACGGUCAUCGUUGGCGGCCAGCUGUGGUACACGAUCACGGCGUUCCAGCUCUCGCGCGUCUACGUCCUCUCGGUCAUGGCCACCCUCAACGCCCGCAGCUCCUCGCAUUCCUCGAGCUCGUCCGACCCCUCCCCCUCGAGCGGCUCUUUCGUGCCACGCGUCGCCGGCCCGCACUCGUCCUUCAAGCGACGCCACUCGUCCUCGGCGCAGCGCUCACGCUCAGCAUCGGCGUCGGCGGUGGCGCCGGUCCCAGUGCACGUGCACGUCUCGCGCGAGGUGACGGUCGACGGCGACGAGGGGGACGAGGUCAAGGCGCCGGCGCCGGCGCCCGCGCACGGGCCGCUCGAGCUCGCGCUCGGGGUGCCGUACGCGGUGAGGUUUGAGCGGGCGAGGGAGCGCGACAAGGGCGAGGUCGAGCUUGGUGGGAGGAGCUGA